CGGCGUCAGUAGAAUUUAUCGCGUUCCCGGUGCGUGUCGUUGUGUUGCUAUGAUGUCCGUUGCGCCCAGUCCGAGCCCGCCCUCGCCGCAGCAGUCCGAGUCCUACGUUGAGCGGCGCCGAGGCAGCGUCGGAUCCUACGUCCCCAAAAGGAAAUUCAUUGUCAAAACCGACAGAUGCGGUGACCUGACAGUGCAUGUGCAGGGUGACCUGACACAGCAAGAAAAAAGAGCAAUUUUUCUAACAGUCCAUGAUCUAGGCUCAAACCAUCAUUCCUGGGAAGAUUUUGUAAGUUUACCAUGUAUGACAGAAGUGAAAGAUCGUUCCAUAUUCAUCCAUGUUGAUGUGCCAGGCCACGAGGAUAAUGCUCCGCCAUUGCCAGAUUCAUACCAGUUCCCUUCACUGCAAGUGCUUGGGGAGGAGUUGGUGAGUGUACUGGAUACCCUUCAUGUUCGUUACGCCAUUGGAUUAGGAGAGGGCGCAGGAGCCAAUGUCAUCGCCAGGUUUGGAUUGGCUCACCCCUCUAGAACCCUCGGUCUCAUUCUCAUCAACUGCACAGCUUCCGCUACCUCGGUCAAAGAGAAUUUUAAAGCAAAGUUUGUCAAUUGGAAAGGAAAGAAUGCAGUUAGUCAGUCAGCGACAGAAUACCUAGUGUUCCACAAGUUUGGACAUAUUAUCGAUCAGCAACUGAUAAACGAGGCAAACUCUGACAAGGAUCAGAUCAUAGGCGAGUUCAUCAAGAGGCUCCAGGGCAGUAUCAACUCCAAGAACAUCCGGCCAUACGUUGCAGCCUUCCUCAAUAGGCCUCAUCUACCCCUGAAGGAAUACAAACAGGACAUCCUCCUCAUUACUGGGGUUCUCGGUUCUUACGCCAAUGUUGUUGAGAAAUUGCACAGAGAACUGGACAAAAACAAGGCCACGCUCUUGAAAAUUGAGCGAGCUGGAGACAUCUUAUCUGAAGCGCCUGCUAAGCUAGCACAAAGCAUUUUAUUGUUCUGCAAAGGACAAGGAUUACUUACCUCAGUUGCACUACCAGGUAUUGAGCGACAGCGAACUUUCUCAGGCAGCAGCACAGACAGCGACAAACCAGGCCGGAGGCUCUCACGGGGCAUGAGCAUGGAUGACUACGACAGACCAAACAUCAGGCGGCUGUCCAUCUCCGCAGUCCAUGAGACAAUUCCUCCACCAAUUACAAAAUAAUUCUCUCAUUGUUACAGCCCAAGUUCUUCAUAAAGCUGGAAUGAAAUCCAGCCUUCUUGCUGUCCAAGUGCUCACUUGCUGAAAAAUGCAUUGUACAGUGAUGUCCACUUUCAGCGAAAUCCAGCAGAGUAGUUACCAAUAAUUUAUUGGUAAACCUAGAUCUGAUAAUGUAUUCCAUCGAAAAAAAUAUUACCAGAAAAUGAAAAAACUUCAGUUCACUGCUUUUAUUCAGCUGAAUAAAAUGAGCUCCUGUCUUGGAUAUACAGCAGGAGUAGUUACAAUGUGUUCAUUUAAGUUUGAUGGAAAAAGAACGGAAAAACAUCUUAAAAGGAAAGCAUUUAAGAGUCGAGAUGCAGAAAGCUGAUCCACUCUUGAAAAGUUCUGUAGAGUUCUCCAAAAAGAAAAAAAAAAAAAAAAAAAGAAAUCGUUCAGGAGGAAAAGCGAGAGGGGACUAGCCAGGGGCUUGAAGUGACAUGUUUUAUCGUUUCAAAGAUUACAGUAUGGUGCUUUAAGGUAUCAAAAUUCCAAAAUAUUCCCAGGUGAUAAAAUUGACUUUGGCGCCAGAAAGCUUGGAAAAAGGGUCCAUGAUAGGAACAAUAAAAAGUUUACAUCUAGUUCCUCAUUAAAUGUAAGUUCAGAAUUGAAGCGAUGAAAAGUUGAGUCCAAAGUGGAAAA